AUGGGUUCCCAAGAAUAUAAAAAUAUUAUUUUGGAAGAGGAGUACGACCGGGUAAUUCGUAGGAUGGUGUUCUCCUUUAGAACUUACACUGGAAGUCAGACUCCAAUCGAGUUUAUAGAGCCUGAAACCAUAGAAAUGACUUCUCCUAAGGGUUACAGAAUGACAGACAAUUGCUCUAAAAUUGCUCUUAAGUGGUUAUGUUGGAAAGAAUCUUUAUUUCCCGACAUUAUUCAUACCGGUAUCGGUCAAAAGAUUAAACUUAAAGAAAAUCUCACAGUUGAUGGUUUUUGUGCUACAACAAAUACAGUUUUCGAAUUUGAUGGCUACUACUUUCAUGGAUGUAAAAAAUGUUAUCCGCAUCAAACAACAUCUUUUCAAAAUACGACAGACAAAAACGAUUCAAUGUUUACAAGACACGAUAAAACUAUAGCGAAACAUCAAAGAAUUAGAGACGCCGGGUAUAAUUUUGUAACGAUUAGAGAGUGCGAUUUUCAAGAGAUAUUGAGAAAUGAUGCGGAAUUAAGAGAUGCUGUAAAUAAUAAUUUUAAAUAUUCACAGCUGCCAUUGAAUCCGAGAGACAGUUUUUUUGGUGGUCGUACAAAUGCUAUACAACUGUACCAUAAAAUAUCAAAUGACGAUGAGAGCAUUCUUUACUUUGAUAUCUGGAGUUUAUACCCUUUUAUAAAUAAAUAUGAAAAAUAUCCCAUUGAUCAUCCUAAAAUUCAUAUCGGCAAUGAAGCGUGCAGAAAAUUACCUCUGGAUACGGUGGAAGGUCUUAUUAAAUGUACUGUGUUGCCACCUAGAUAUUUGUAUCGCCCUGUUAUACCGUAUAAAUGUAACGGUAAAUUGAUGUUUCCCUUAUGUAAAGCUUGUGUAAAAUCAUUGAACCAGGAACAAUGUUUGCAUACAGAAGAGGAACUUCAAUUUACAGAACGUGAAGGCAUAAAAUUAGAUGAGUCCGAAAUAUGUCAUAACGCGGGUUUGAGACUUAUUGCCAAAUUAAUGCUAAAUAGUUUCUGGGGUAAGUUCGGUCAGAAAGCAAAUUUGAUGCAAACCGCAGUAAUCACUAAACCCUUUGAGCUAUUUACCAUGUUAACUGACCCUUCUGUUAUUGUUAACAAUAUGGUGAUUGUUAGUGAUGAAAUGCUUCUCAUUUGUUGGAAUAAUCACGAAGACGCUAUUUUACCAUUAAACACCGUUAAUGUUGCUAUAGCAGCUUAUACCACGGCUAUGGCGCGAUUGGAGCUUUACUCAUAUUUAGAAAAACUAGGUGAAUGGAUACCCAAAGUAGGUGACUAUUUGGGUAUGUUAACAGUAGCUGAAUACGGUCCUGGUAGUAAAAUUACGGAGUUUGUUAGCGGAGAGCCUACAAAUUACGCCUACAAGUUUAUAUUGCGAGUACAAAAGAAUAAAAGACUAUUUGCAAAGUAA